AUGGGACAGUCUAGGUGGACUGUCGCGCCAUGGCUGAUGCUGGCCUGCGCUGCAGCCACCGCAUCGGCAGAAAAGCGGCCAUUCAAUAUCCAUGAUGACCUUCUGGCCUAUCCACAGUACCAAGUUACCUACCCGGACGAAUACAUCCUCGAUGCCCAAGCCCAAGAAUUGCUUCGCGCACAAGCCCGCUCCCAAGAUAACCCGUCCAUCCACGUGCAGAACAACCCUCAAGUUUACACGCCGAAGGACACCGCUGAAGGUGCUACGCGGGAUAGCGAAGAAGUCACCGGGCUAGAAUAUACAUACGAGGAAAUGAUCCUGGAUGACCGGCGACUCCUUUGCCGGAUCCCACGCGUGGCAGAGGAUUUCAACAAGACGAACGGUCAAGCGGAUGAAGUAGACGAACAGAAGGAGCUGGCUCGCGCGACAGAUCGCGGUCUCGAACUUUUACGCGAGAUGGAGGACAAGUGCAUGUACUACUUCUCCGGCUGGUGGUCCUACUCGUUCUGCUACCGAAAGCAAAUCAAGCAAUUUCAUGCGCUCGCCGCUGGCCGUGGCAUCCCAAGCUAUCCACCCAUGGAGGAUCCAAGCACCCAUUCCUUCAUUCUGGGACAAUUCCCGGCCGGCGCAAGUGACGAAGGGAAGGAAAACCAGGAGCACAAGCGGACAUCCAGGACCGAUAUGGCAGAACUACACACUAAAGGCGGCUCCCGGUAUCUUGUGCAACAUUUACGUGGUGGCACCAAGUGUGACUUGACUGGACGCGACCGCAAAGUCGAAGUGCAGUUCCACUGCCAUCCGCAGUCCACGGACCGGAUUGGAUGGAUCAAAGAAUUGACCACCUGUUCCUACCUUAUGGUGAUCUACACACCUCGACUCUGUGACGAUGUUGCCUUUAUGCCACCGCAGCAGGAUGAAGUUCACGAUAUCGAAUGUCGCGAGAUCCUGAUGCCCGAGGAGGUACCCGAGUGGGAAGCCGUGAAAGAGUGGUUUACGGCCCACCAAUUGGAGGAUGCAGCCGCUGCCGCCGCCCCAUCCCAACCCGAGGUUCAUAUCGUCGGUGGGAUCGAAGUGGGUGGGCAAAAGCUGGUGGGCAUGGAAGGUAAACAGAUCGAGAAGGGCCGAGUGGCAUCCGCAGGCGAGGAGCGAGUCGUGGACGUGGUUGCAAAGCGCGAGAACGGCAAGGUGAAGCACAUAUCCAAGCAGGUUCUGAAGAAAUACGACCUCGACCCGGAACGAGUCGAAGAAAUGGGGAAGAGACUAGAGGACUUGGCCAAGGGCAAGGACUGGAGCUUGGAAGUGGUGGAAAGCGAUGGAGUGAUUAAAUUCCAGGGCGUCGUUGUCCCCGAGGACGAGGAGGAGGCCACCCAGUCGCAACAGCAAAAUGAAAAGGAGGCUGCGCCCCAAGCCAAACACACCGCAACUACGGAAUCCACGGUGCCAGAACCCGAGGCUGAUGACUCGAAAUCACAGCCCACAACCUCAGGAUUAAAGCCCGAGGACCAGGAAGGCAGUGAGGAAACCUUCAAAGAUGAGCUGUGA